ACUCAAGAUGGCGGCCCCGGCGGGCGGGGCCCACGGCUCGGAGGCCGCGCGGAGGAGCGGCGGCAUGGCGGCGGCGGCCGAGGAGCCGAGUCGGGGGUACUGGGACGAGGAGGAGGAGGAGGAGGCAGAGCAGUUGGUUCUGGUGGAAUUAUCAGGAAUUAUUGAUUCAGACUUUCUCUCAAAAUGUGAAAAUAAAUGCAAGAUUUUGGGAAUUGAUACUGAGAAGCCCAUUCUGCAAGUGGACAGCUAUGUCUUUGCUGGAGAGUAUGAAGACACUCUUGGGACCUGUGUUAUAUUUGAAGAAAAUGUUGAACAUGUGGAUGCAGAAGGCAAUAAUAAAACAGUGCUAAAAUAUAAAUGCCACACAAUGAAGAAGCUCAGCAUGACAAGAACUCUUCUGACAGAAAAGAAGGAAGGAGAAGAAAACAUAGGUGGUGUGGAAUGGCUGCAAAUCAAGGAAAAUGAUUUCUCCUGUAGACCCAACAUGAUUUGUAGUUUUCUGCAUGAAAAUGAAGAGGAUGAAGUUGUAGCUCCAGACCCAGAUAAAUCUUUGGAGUUGGAAGAGCAAGAGAUUCAAAUGAAAGAUAAUUCAAACCUGAGUUAUGAACAGGAGAAACCACCGAACUUGGAUAUAGAGGAUUCUGGUCCUCUUAUUGAUAUCCCUUCUGAGACAGAAGGCUCUGUUUUUAUGGAAACUCAAGAAACUGCCUUAGAAAUCACUCCUAGAUGAAAUGUUUCUCAUAAAAACUAGUCAUGAACUUUUUAGAGUUUUUAUAUAAAAUAACUGGCUUUGUAGUUUUCAGUUCACAAUUUUAUUAUUUUUGUUGGCUAUAUACACAUUUCCAAUUAUAAUAUAGUUUAAUAUACUAGAAUCAUUAAGGACCAGAUACGAGUUUUUAAAAAUAUGGUUUCAAUGACUAUAGGGACCCUUCUGUGAUGAGUCCUUUAAAAUGGGGGUUUUACUAAGGUAAGUGUGAGUUUCUAUUGCAGCCAUCACAAAUUACCACAGACUUAGUGGCUAAAGUGUAUUAAGCUACAUAAGUGUAUUGUCUUAUAGUUUUGUAGGUCAGCCAUCUGAUAUGGGUCUCACCUGGGCUAAAAUCAAGGUAUUUGCAGAGCUUCAUUCUCUUCUGGAUGUGGCGUGGGGGACUACAUUUCCUUGUUCAUUCAGUUGUUGGCAGAAUUCAGUUCUUUGCAGCUGAAGGAUCACGGUCCCAUUUCCUUGCUGUUGGCUGAGAGCCAUGCCCAGCUUCUAGAGCCAUGCCCAGCCUGCAUUCCUUCACUCAUGGUCCCCUUCUCUUCAAAGCCAGCAAUGGUCAAGUCCCUCUCAGUCUUUGAAUCUCUCCUGCUUCUUCCAUAAUCUUAUUGAUGAUGGACCCUUCUGCCUUCUUUUAAAGGUCCAUUUGAUUACACUGGGCACAUCUGGGUAACUUCCCUAUUUUAAGGUCUAUAACCUUAAUUCCAUCUGCAAAGUCCCUUUUGCCAUGUAAUUUAAACAGGCAUAAAACUGAGAAUUAUGGCAUGAAAAUAUUUAGGGGGCCAUUUUCCCGUCUACCAAAGUCAGUAUUACUCCUGAGAACAGAAAAAGAAUUCAGAAGUGCUUAAGGGUGAAGGUACAGUUCUGAUAUACCAGCUGUAAUUUCACUUCUUUCCCAUUGAAGAAAGAUGAUUGAAAUUCAGCUGUAACAUUCUACAAUAUUAUGGUGAUAACCUAGAUCUACCCUAACUUGUAUUUUUUAAGUAAAUUAGUCACAAACUUUGAUACAGGUUGAACUAUAUGAAAUUACCAAUAUUUGUUUCUACAAAACUCUGCGAUUUUAUAUGGUUUAACCUGGUACUAAUAAGUUAAAACACUCCUCACGUUAAUUAUAUCUCACAACUGUUGGAGGUGUAACUUUGUUGUGACAGAUUAGAGAACUAAUGUUCUAGGAUGAGGAAUUUUUUCCUUCAGUAGGUUUUGUAAAUUUUUACUGUUUAUUUGGAAAACAACUUACCCUGAUUAAAAGCAUUUCCAAAUCAUAA